UGGCGUGCGCUAGGCUCAGGGAGCCGAGAGGGCCCGGCGAUAGCGCCGCGGCCGCCGCAAGGCUGUGAGCGCGCGUGGGCGCCCGCCGAGCCGGGGCCAUGGUGCAGCAAACCAACAACGCCGAGAACACGGAAGCGCUGCUGGCCGGCGAAAGCUCGGACUCGGGCGCCGGCCUCGAGCUGGGCAUCGCCUCGUCCCCCACGCCCGGCUCCACCGCCUCCACGGGCGGCAAGGCCGACGACCCGAGCUGGUGCAAGACGCCGAGCGGGCACAUCAAGCGGCCCAUGAACGCCUUCAUGGUGUGGUCGCAGAUCGAGCGGCGCAAGAUCAUGGAGCAAUCGCCCGACAUGCACAACGCCGAGAUCUCCAAGCGGCUGGGCAAACGCUGGAAGCUGCUCAAAGACAGCGACAAGAUCCCUUUCAUUCGGGAGGCGGAGCGGCUGCGCCUCAAGCACAUGGCUGACUACCCCGACUACAAGUACCGGCCCAGGAAGAAGGUGAAGUCCGGCAACGCCAACGCCAGCUCCUCGGCCGCGGCCGCCUCCAAGCCUGGAGAGAAGGGCGACAAGGUCGGUGGCAGCGGCGGGGGCGGCCACGGGGGCGGCGGCGGCGGCGGGAGCAGCAACGCGGGGGGCGGAGGCGGCGGCGCGAGCGGCGGAGGCGCCAACUCUAAACCGGCGCAGAAAAAGAGCUGCGGCUCCAAGGUGGCAGGCGGCGGGGGCAGCAAGCCGCACGCCAAACUCAUCCUGGCUGGCGGCGGCGGCGGCGGGAAAGCGGCGGCCGCCUCGUCCUUUGCUGCCGAGCAGGCGGGGGCCGCCGCCCUGCUGCCCCUGGGCGCCGCGGCCUCCGACCACCACUCGCUGUACAAGGCGCGGACUCCCGGCUCUGCCGCCUCCGCGGCGGCCUCGGCCCCCACCGCGCUCGCGGCCCCGGGCAAGCCCCCGGCGGAGAAGAAGGUGAAACGCGUCUACCUGUUCGGCAGCCUGGGCGCCGCGGCGUCGCCCGCGAGCGGCGUGGGUGCGGCCGCCGACCCCAGCGACCCCCUGGGCCUCUACGAGGAGGGGGGCGCGGGCUGCCCGCCCGACGGGCCGAGCCUGAGCGGCCGCAGCAGCGCCGCGUCGUCGCCAGCCGCUGGCCGCUCGCCGGCGGACCAUCGCGGCUACGCCAGCCUGCGCGCCGCCUCGCCCGCGCCGUCCAGCGCGCCCUCGCACGCGUCCUCCUCGGCUUCGUCGCACUCUUCCUCCGCCUCCUCCUCCGCGGGCUCCUCGGCCUCCGACGACGAAUUCGAGGACGACCUGCUCGACCUGAACCCCAGUUCAAACUUUGAGAGCAUGUCCCUGGGCAGUUUCAGCUCGUCGUCGGCGCUGGACCGAGACCUGGACUUCACCCUGGAGCCGGGCUCGGGCUCGCACUUCGAGUUCCCGGACUACUGCACGCCCGAGGUCAGCGAGAUGAUCUCGGGGGACUGGCUCGAAUCCAGCAUCUCCAACCUGGUCUUCACCUACUGAUGGCGCGCGCUGGAGAGGAGGGCCGGGGCGACAGAGGGAGAAAAGGUGGACAGAGAGAAAAGUUUGAAAGAGAAAAGGGAAAAAAAGAAAAAAAGGAAAAGGAAAAAAAAAAAAGUGAUAACCGGGGCCGGCUCGGCCGUGUGGCGGUCGCCGGAGAGGAGCGCGCGUCGUUUGGGGACCCCGCGCUCCCAUCCCCCACACUCUCCGGGGACGCGGCGGAGCGGAGGGAGACGGGCGACCUUUUAUUGUUGUUGUUGAUGUUGUUGUGAUGGCGAAAAAGCUCCUUUGAGUGUCCUCCCCUUUGCGUGAAAAGACCCCCCCACCCUCCCGCCUUUGCUCCCGGGCUUCCGGACUGGUCUGCACCCCAGCAAAAAGCCAAGUUGGGAGUUUUCUCGAGACUGAAGGAAUCUCGUCCCUUUCUCAUCGCUCCCUUCGUGUUUUUGUUUUCUUUUUUGGUCAAGAAAGGAAGGGGGUUAACAAAAAAAAAAAUCCAGCGCGCCCCUGGGGAUUUUGUCCCUAG